AUGUGGCGAAUCCGCCUCUUUUCUGCUCCGAUCAACCACCAUCGCCGUUUGAUAAAUAUUUACAGGAGACAAGUUUCUUCAGUCCCCUCCUCGCCUCCCAUGUCUAAAUACGAAUCAGAUCCCAAUUCUAUUCACAGUAGAGUCGUGUCGCUUAUCAAAUUGUGCAACCUCGACGCAGCCGCAGAGCACGCCCGUUUGGCCGUUUUGGCCACAAGCGAACCCAAAGUGACUGCCGAAACCUGCGCGGCCAUCAUAGACGCUAUGUGCAGUGUCAGACGGUACAGUGACGCACACGAUCUGUUCGAUUACUUUUCUGCUAAUUCAAACUCGGAUCUGGUCCCCUACUUUUGCUGCAAUGCUAUCAUCAAGGCCUUUUGUGAACAAGGGAAACUCGACGAGGCUUUUGGAUUGUACAAACGCUUAUUGCGCGGCAAUGGUCCACGAUAUAGUGCCCAAUUAGCCUUGGCUCAAGGGUUGGUCGACGCUGGUAGGACUGAUGAAGCUAUAAAACAUUUUUACUGCGUGGACAGGUCCUUGUAUGGAGUUUUUAUCCGAGGGUUUUUGGGUGAGGGAAAUCUCGAGAGGGCUAACCAACUUUUCCAAGAGCUAAAGUUGUGUGGGGAUUCGGACGCUGUGAUGGAGGUGAGUUCGAUGUUCAUGGAGCAUUGGUUCAAACAAGGGAUGGAUGAGAAAGCUAUGGAGUGUUACGUGUCGUCCAAGGAAGAAUUCAGCGAGAUCCGUGUGAAUGCUGGGAAUGCCCUGUUGAGUGUUUUGCUAAGGUACGGUAGAAAAACGGAGGCUUGGUUAUUGUUUAGUCAGAUGAUGCUGGAGCAAAGCAGCUUCCCAGAACUAUGUAAAGGUGAUUCGGGGUCGUGUAAUAUUAUGGUGAAUGAGUGUUUCAAGCUCGGGAAGAUUACGGAGGCGGUGGAGAUAUUUCGCAAGGCUGUUGGCACACUUACUAAUCCACAGUUGUGCUACAGGAACAUGAUCACCAGGUUUUGCGAACAAGGGAUGUUGUCCGAGGCAGAGCGUUGUUUCGCUGAAAUGUGCUCUAAGAAUUAUCUUGUCCCUGAUCUUCCAGCAUAUCGAACCAUGAGGGAUGCGUAUGUGAAGGAAGUCAGAGUCAGGGAUGCUCUAAAAACUCUCAACCAAACUGUGGAUGCUUCUCUAACCUAUAUUGCUAAGAAAGCCUUCUAG